AUGGCGGAGACGGGCUCGACGGAGUCUAAGGCCCAGCCUCAGGUCAACCUUGAUGGCCUUGGAAUCUUCUGGAUAGCAUUUGCCCUCUCCUGGACCUUUAUCGUUGCGGGCGGCAUGAUAUUUCUAUGGCGUCGUCGUGACAUGCCUAUCCUGAGGAUACGAGGUCUACCGCUAUCAUUCCUUGCUAUCGCCUUGCUCCAUCUCUACUGGGGCACUGUCCAGGCCGGUUAUUUUUAUUUUCCUCUCACCUCACCCCAGGUUGAGUACUGGAUAAUCAGCAUCUACCUCCCCUGUGGUAUCGCUCUGUUCCACGUCUCUAAUUCCCGAUUUCUCGUUAUUGCUGAAGCCCAGAAGGAACUCCUCACUUCAGAUGCUGCCUCGAUUCGGAGCAAGGGUGGGAACACGAGUUCCCUCAUUUCCCACUUCCGACCUCUCGGCUAUACUAGAAAGAUUCUACUCCUUGUGGGCGCAGGCAUGGGUUUUCAGGUUUUGCUUACGCUCUUUAUGUACCUCAUUUCGCGAAAGUUCCAUCCCUCUUUCGGCAUUCUUGGCACUGAGAUUUCUGGAACUGAAGACGUUCAUAAGUUGCAGAUAAGGAGAGGCUGGGAAUGGUGGCCGUCUAUCUGUUGGCAAUUCUUCUGGACAUGGAUUGUCGCUCCCUAUACUCUCUGGCACGCACGCGGAAUUAAUGAUACGCAAGGGUGGAGAACCCAAACUAUUGCUUGCUGUCUAUCGAGUCUUCAUGCAACCCCUAUGUGGCUUAUUGCUUUAUAUCUCCCUGCUAUGUCGUCGAUUAAUCACAUCUGGGUUCCGCCUCAAUGGAUUGCCAUCUCUAUCAUGGUGCUCGAGAUCUUCACUAUUUUCCUACCCUGCUGGGAGCAACUGAAAGUGGCCAGACCAUCACUGAGCGCAUGGUCCAAGGAUGACCCUAUCAAGGGUAACACCAGCGAGAUUCUCCUCACCAUGGAAGCUCUCGAGUGUGUCCUCUGGCGAAACCCCAGGCCACUUCAGGAGUUCUCUGCCCUUCGUGAUCUCUCUGGAGAGAAUAUCGCCUUCUUAGGAGCCGUCGCUGACUGGAAAUCUUCGCUCCCUCCGGCAAUUCGUAGCCCAGAGGAGAUUAAACUUAACGUGGUUCAAGAACUUCUCUGCGAACGAUUCAAUAGCGCUCUUCAAAUCUACGUCGACUUUAUUAGCUCCCGCAGUGCCGAGUUUCAAAUCUACCUUUCCUCACAGGACCUCAAGAGGCUCGAGUUUAUUUUCGAGCCAUAUGCCUGCAUUCUCUCUGGCGAUAAGCGCAAUGUUGAUCCCGCUCCGCCUUUUGGGCCCUUCGCCAUGACCACCAAGGCCAAGACGUCUUCCGCAUCGCCUCACGGUUUUCAGACUGGUAUCAUGACCGGGUCAAUCAAUGAGACGGACGGAAUGGAAGACAAGACCGUCUGCUGGGAUGACAUCCCCGACGGCUUUGAUGCCACCAUUUUUGAUAACGCUGAAGCAAGCAUCAAGUAUUUUGUCUGGACCAACACUUGGCCAAAGUUUGUUAAGCAACGACGAUUCUUGAUCAACUCGAACGAUAACAUUGAGUCAGGAAAUGCCGUUGCUCUACCCGUUGAGCAUGGUUAUGAGUUUAGGGGGUCUUGGUGA